UCUGAGUGACGGCCUCGCUGCUGCAUGCCCCUUGACCUUCUGAGGAUGGUAUAUAUAUAGUCACCCAGGUUAUCACAGUUCUUCUGGCAGCCAACAUGAAGGUCUUAGUUUUGAUCUGGUGUUUCAUCUCUCUACUGGCCCUAUCCACAACAGCAGAGGAGGAGGUUUUGGAUUCUGUACUGAGAGACAGAUCUCACAUCGAUGAGACGUUAAGAUUGGCAGCAGAGGAGAAUGCAGGAAACUACGCAGCUGCUUUGCAGAAACUGAGAAUGAUCUACCACAAUUCCAUCAGGCCUAUGGAACAUGCCUACAAAUACAAUGAGCUCAGACAACAUGAAAUCUCAGCUUAUCCAGGACGCACCCUGGGGGAUUCAGCCACAGAUGGAGAAAUCACCUCCAAACCCAUGGUCCUGUUCCUUGGCCCCUGGAGUGUGGGAAAAUCCUCUAUGAUAAACUAUUUGCUGGGGCUUCAAGACACUCCUUAUCAGUUAUACACAGGAGCUGAGCCCACUACAUCUGAGUUCACUGUGAUCAUGCACGGUGAAAAAGUCCGGUCUGUAGAGGGCAUUGUAAUGGCUGCUGACAGCUCUCGCUCCUUCUCUCCCCUGGAGAAAUUUGGCCAGAAUUUUCUGGAGAAGCUGAUUGGCGUUGAGAUGCCUCACAAGCUCCUGGAGCGUGUCACAUUUGUGGAUACACCAGGAAUCAUUGAGAACCGCAAACAGCAGGAGAGAGGGUAUCCCUUUAAUGAUGUGUGCCAGUGGUUCAUUGACCGUGCUGACCUAAUCUUUGUGGUAUUUGACCCCACCAAGUUGGACGUUGGCCUUGAGCUAGAGAUGCUCUUCAGACAACUGAAAGGUCGAGAGUCACAGAUACGCAUCAUCCUCAACAAGGCUGACAGCCUGGCCACUCAGGAUCUCAUGCGUGUGUAUGGUGCCUUGUUCUGGAGCCUUGCACCCCUUAUCAAUGUGACUGAGCCCCCACGUGUGUACGUCAGCUCCUUCUGGCCUUAUGACUAUGCUCCUGACACCAGCCGUGAGCUCUUCAAGCGUGAGGAAAUUUCUCUCCUGGAAGACUUAAACCAGGUAAUUGAGAAUCGCCUAGAGAAUAAGAUUGCCUUUAUUCGCCAACAUGGCAUCCGUGUACGCAUCCAUGCCCUGCUGGUGGAUCGCUAUGUGCAAACAUUCAAGGAAAAGAUGAGCUUCUUCAGUGAUCCUGAAUUGGUGUUCAAGGAAAUUGUGGAUGACCCAGAUAAGUUCUAUAUCUUCAAGUCUAUCCUGGCCAAGACCAACGUCAGCAAGUUCGACCUGCCCAACCGCGAUGCAUACCGCGACUUCUUCGGAAUCAACCCAGUAAAUAGUUUCAAGCAGCUCUCUGCUCAGUGCUCUUAUAUAGGUGGCUGCCUGCUGGAUAAGAUUGAAAGGGCAAUUACCACUGAUUUGCCAGGACUCCUGAGCAGCAUCCACUCCAAUAAGAACCCUACCCUGUCCUCCUGUGAAGCCACUGGCUGUGGAGAGAAGCCCAAGAAUCGCUAUCGACGAAACUGAGAGAGGAAAGCAAGGAAUGAGUAAACAAAAGAAAAAUGGGCAAUAUUGGUAGCACAGGAGCAGCGGAAACAAAAUCCUACUCCUGCCACAGGUCCGUCUCAGACGUUGAGGAGACAUGCCAUGAGAGAAUUAUUUUUAGCAUAAUUUUUUUAAUUGGGAAAAAAGAGCCAGGGAUGGGGAUAUUUUGAUAAAACCUACUGUUUUGUGAAUUACAUUAAUGAACUGUUAUCAGUUCGGAAAGGAAAAUUUGUAAUCCUGGUGGAAAAUUAUAGGUGAUAUACAAAUACAUAUUAUAUAUAUAUAUAUAUAUAUAUAUAUAUAUAUAUAUAUAUAUAUAUAUAUAUAUAUAUAUAUGUAUAUAUAUAUAUAUGACUGUUACAUUCAGUAUAAGCUGCAUUGACUAUGAGUAAGAUUGAAAAAAAUCACAAUCUUGUUGGCAGGUUUGUAUGAAAUCUACAGUUUUUGUAAAGAAAGUGCCUAUAAAAAGAAAAUGAGCACACCAGCUCUUGGUAACAACAUUCUGUUUUUUCAUAGGUGUUGAUUUUAUUUGUAGACUUGUGACUAGACUGGUAUCUUUCUCCUGUCAUAUUCUAUUUUGGGAAAAUCACUGUGCUGCAUGUUUAGUUACAGAAGACUUUAAAGGGGCACAUAUUCGUACAUUUUUACUUAAUCUCUUCAAGCACAUUUUCAUAGUGAAGUAUAACUGCUUAUAAUUCUAUUUCCACAUGAAUGGAACGUGUCUUCUGAAAUUGUCACUUGAAUGUCAUAUUAGUAGGCUUUUUUUUUGUUUCUAUACAUUUCAGGCAUUUUUGGAGAGAAACCUCUUUCUUAAAUGCUUAACUGGCUUUAGAAUAUUAUUUGCCCGUGUGUUUUAACUGUGUAGCUGAUGUUUAUUGGGAAGUGAAUAAAAAGUGCAGUACCAUGUGAAUUUCCAAGUGGCAAAAGAAAUAAAAGUGUUUGUGAUUGUAAAA